CAGGAAUAUACGAUCCGACGUUUCCAAGGAAUUAUUCAUCCGGGAAAUAUGAGAGCCUCUGGUGGUACACUAAGAGCCGCUGAAGCUAAACGACGCGCACGUCGUGUACCAGAGGAUCAACGAAAACGUGGUAUCCAAUCUUGUGAUCUUUGUCGGAAGAAACGCUGCAGAUGUGUCCCGGCAUCCGAGGACACGAAUCGCUGUACAACAUGUCUAGGGCAAGGCGUAGACUGUACAUUCACGCUCCCUCGCAAGACCCGUUUUUAUGGGAAUAUCGAAGAUCUUAGUGAUCGGUUUCGUUGUCUAGAAGCUAUCGUCAAAGGGGCGUUUCCAAAUGAACCUACAGACUCGGUGGAGAACCUAAUGCGACUUGGCAAAUCCAAAGGAUAUAGUAUGCCAGAUCUAUCUCAGGAUGGUUCAGAAGUACCGAUAAGGAUAGAUGAAGCUUUAAGGAUAUGUCAACAAUCGGAAUCUUCUAGUGAUGGGGGGACAUCCAUACUUACUAGUGCUAAUCGGUCAGCAAAUUUAGGAGCGAGACUUGAAGUAAAUGGUAUCACAUCACAGGAGAACAUUAAGCCCGUUGAAGGGACUGCAUCUCUUGUGAGUGAUACUUCUGGUAAAGAGCAUUACAUUGGGCCUUCCGGAGGUCUUCAAUUUCUUGGUCAACUUCGAAGGCUUCUUAUCUCAAGAGAGCAAAAGCCUGGUAUACAUUAUCUCGCCCCUCCGAAUGCCGCUUCACGAUUCACCGAAGAUGAUGGAGCUCAAGCACUCGAAGUGGAGGAAGCCCAUGAUAAUCCUGUAGAUUCAAGACAUCUUGCUGAUGAUGCUUCUAUCGCUGCCACGCGCGACCAACGUUCGCCUGGUAGCAUUGUCUCCCUAGAGAGCGACUUCAUACGGAAGUCAACGGUCGGGAUAGACGAUCUUUGGAAGAGGUUACCCGAACAAGGCAUACUUGAAAAAUUGCUGCAAUCUUUCUUCCAAUACGUCCACGAAGACUUUGUCCUUUUUCACCGUGGGACAUUUGAAGGCGACUACGAAAUUCAAACACAGAAGAUGCGCCAAAAUAGUAGUCACCCAUAUGACGAGAAAGAACCUAACAUAGGUUUGCUCGCUUGUAUCUACAUGAUGAUCGCAUUUGGAAGUAUGUGCGAUUCGACUAUAGGCGGAAAUAGCUUCGAUCAUGUCGGAUUGAGGAAACAUUGUGUAUCAUCUGCGAGAUCCCUUCUUCCGCAUCUUAUAAGUAAAUGCACACUUUAUAACCUAAGGGCUCUACUCCUUUUAGGAUUGUUUCUACAUAAUAACAACGAACGGAAUGCGACUUGGAACCUUGUUGGAACAGCAACGAGAUUGGCUUUUGCAUUAGGUCUCCAUCGAAAAGAUACCGGGUUUGCAUUCAACCCUAUUGAGAGGGAAAUUAGAAAGCGCAUUUUCUGUACGCUUUAUGGAUUCGAACAAUUUCUGGCUACUAGCCUUGGUCGGCCUAGUGGUAUGAAUGAUUCCGAUGUUGAAGUUAUUCCACCACGUGCAGGUAUUUUGGACGGCAAUGGUGGCGGAGGCGAUGCUGCGUUAGUAACAUAUACCUUGCGACUACAUCGGAUAUUGGGUAGAAGCAGAAUCAUCCAAGGAGGCAUAGACACGGAAUUGAGAGUGGCUGGUACCUCAAAACCUUUAAGCCCUGAAGCUACCUUGUUGGAUCUCGAUGAGUGGAAAUUAGACCUAUCGAAGCAGGAUUGGUUAAAUUUACCACCCAUAAAAACCGGGCAGAGUAUUUUUGAUGAUAAGGAACCCAGCGCUAUAGCGAUUGAUGAUCUUAAGUCGCUGUUGCGAUGGCAGAGUCGAUCAUCACUGAGGGCUGCGUUAAUGUUACAUCUGCAAUACCAUUAUAUCGCACUAUUCACAACUCGUCCAUUCCUUCUUCAGGAAUUAUCCGUAGGACAAGCAUCAAGCCAAGGACAGAACCACGCGACGAGUCGGCAAAUCCUUCUUGCUGGUACUUGUCUUCGCCAUGCUGGACAAAUGGCCAUGAUAAUUCUUUUAUUGGACUCUUUCGAUCUAAUAAAUGGUGUAUCGGGAUUGGAUAUCUUUUACGUUUAUUGGGCCUCAAUGGUUUUAUCAUUAGGCAUGUUGCGGCGUCAAACAACCUCGGAGGAUGAAAGAGUACUUGUAACUCUUGGCGACCUUGUCGCGCAGCUCAGGGCUGUGGCUGUUAGAGCUGAGAAGAGUGGUACUAUGAAACGUUUUACAAGGCUGAUAGGUGCCUUUGCCGACUACGUUACUUAUCGUUGCAAACCACCCAAGGCGAUGAAUACGAAUGAUGGCUUAGAGACUGGUGGAAUAGGAGUAGAUGGAGGUAUGGAGCCGAGCCGUAUGCUGCCGGAUUCAUCGCAAUUGGCAACAGGAGCUUUCGCAGGUUCUGAGGUAUUGGACUCUUUCUACUGGUCAAAUGCUAUGAUGCCUUUAGGCAAUACGAUCGAAGGUGGGGCUGGACCUGAUGGCUUUGGUAACUGGGCUGGUGAUGUUGGAGGAACUGCAAAUGGCGUUGAUUGGAUUAGCUCCUUGGUAGGUACUGAUAUUGAGAUGCCUCUCGAUUAUGGGGGUAUUAUGCGACAUGAAUAGCAAGGAUAUUUAUUUACGCAUUGCGCGUUGAUCCUUUACCUAGGUAUGCUGAUGGAAUGAUUGAUUGUGAUACGAGAUCUUGAAUAUUGCGUGUUUGCAU